ACUUCAUUGAACGAUAAUGACGCCAACCUCAGUUCAUUACAUUUUGAUUAUUUCUUUACUUCUUUUCUCACCCUUUGCUCGAGGGGUAAGGUUAAUUGCAGUUAAUUCUCCAGACUUGCGGAGGAUUGCAGAAGUGGAAUGUAUCCACCUAAAGGACCAACGUUUAAAGGUAAUGUGACCUGGUACACUGUAAAUCUCGAUUUACCCCCAAGCGAGAGGUGGACACAAGUGAUUAAAGAUAAAAACAAAGAGUUGAUUACAAUGGUACAGACAAUAAAAGACAUGGCCAAGGGCUUUUUCAAUGGAAAACUUAUUGAUUUGGUGGACAAUGAGUUGCCUUUCAUUGUGGACACACUCCCUUACCCUUUCAAUGAAGAGAUUAAGGGAAUUUCAGCAGUUUCUGGUGUCCCACUGGGUGAGAUUACGCUGUUCAAUAUUUUUUACGAGGUAUUCACUGUUUGCACUUCACUUGUUGCAGAAGAUCUAAAAGGAAAUAUUUAUCAUGCCCGGAAUUUGGACUUUGGAUUGUUCAUGGGGUGGGAUCGACAAAAUAAAACAUGGACUUUAACGGAGAAGCUGAAGCCUCUUGUGGUGAAUGUCAAAUUCGAACGGCAGAAUAAAACGGUCUUUAAAUCAACCAACUUUGCUGGAUAUGUUGGCAUUCUCACUGGAAUUAGACCUGGUGAAUUGAGUCUAACAAUGAAUGAACGUUUCAACUUUGAUGGGGGAUACAUAGGGAUCCUGGAAUGGAUUUUUGGCCAGAGGGAUGGAAUGUGGAUGAGUUUCCUUACUCGCAAAGUUCUGGAAAAUGCUACCAGUUAUGAGGAUGCCAAAAAUGAGCUUUCUCAGACAAAAUUGCUUGCACCAGCUUACUUCAUCUUGGGUGGUAACCAAACGGGCCAAGGUUGUGUGAUAACCAGAACUAGAGUAAACACAUUAGAUAUCUGGGAACUUGAUUUGAAGCUUGGUAGAUGGUACGUCCUGGAAACGAACUAUGAUCACUGGGAGAAGCCUAUAAUCUUGGAUGACCGCAGAACACCAGCUAUGAAGUGCAUGAAUCAAACCACACAAGCGAACAUUUCUCCAGCAGCAAUAUAUGAUGUUCUGUCAACUAAACCAGUCCUUAAUAAGCUGACAACCUACACCUCACUGAUGGAAGUCUCAACUGGAACUCUGGAGUCCUAUAUCAGAGACUGCCCAAAUCCAUGCACACCAUGGUGAUCUGCAUCACUUCUGAAUGAGCUUUGGAAAAUUAAAUGCUGUUGUGGAUCUCUAACAUUGCCGGGUCAAUAUAUAAGGAACUUGUUAAAAACAGUAAUGGUUGCAGUUCUGCCUGCAUCUCUUCUUAAAUCUGUUAUUACUCACACUUUGACUUUGCAUCACUUGUGCCAUUAAGACAAGCAUAAAUGUUUCUUUUAUAUUAACAAACACCGAUCAUUUUCAUUAGAAAUACUGAUCUUUUUUUAUUAAAGUGUUUGCUAAUUGUUCUACAUGUGGAUAACAAAUGUAAAUACCAAUGGUCUUUUUCUUUAAUAUUUUAAUGCUGCAUGGAAACCUAUUUUUUUGAUCAUGUGAAUCCUUGGUGAUGAUGAUGAAUUCUAUUUUUGUAAUAGCACUUUAGAUGUUUUGUAAAUGCUGGUAUGAGAAUAAAAAGCAUAAGUCCUUAUUUUCA